GCGUGACACUAGGAUGUGAACCCCGGUGGUCACUGGCUCAUUCCCGUGCUCACAGUUGGGUAUCGAACUUGUGUACUAUGCAGUGAGCGCCGCAUCCACAAUGAAGAUUCAGUUACUGUUGUCGACGCUCGUAAUACACAGAGUCCUCACUUUAGACAUCAAACAACCUAGCGAUACUGUACAGCCUCCAGAUGACACCGCGAGAGGACGGCGGGAUGUCAUAGAAGAGGAAAAAUACUACAAUAUACACAUGGAAGAUAGGAGAGAUGCUAUCAACCACCAGACACCCUGGCUUCCUGCACCACUCCCACCAGAGGACCCCACAACUAAAAUAUCCAUCACAAACGAUCCUAUUGACCAGCACACUACAGAAUCAGUCACCGACAAGCCAACAGGACGGGGAACGAGAGCGUCGAACGAAAACUGGAUUAAACUGUAUCCCCACAAUAAUGACCAGAAUGACAUCUUAACCCCCCCAAAACCAGACCUGAUUAACUCCCGAAUGCCCCGCGUCAACUUCGUAACCCAAAACAAAGGUCUAGAAGCUUCCGAAUCAAGGAAUGAAAAGGAGGCAGUGCAAAGACCAACACGUACUGAUGAUUUAAGGACCGAUUUCGUCCGGCCCGAGGAAGACAGAAAACAAUACAAGCCCGUUUAUCCCCGACAAGCUCUUUACUACCCGGAAGACAACCAGCCGUAUUAUGAUGAUAGAUAUUUCGCUCCCGACGAUUUAUACAGACGCGAUCUCUAUGACGGUUAUGAAAGCAGGAAUUAUUAUCCAGGAUACGUCCCUAGGGUUGAUAGAUACGAUACUUACGACUAUAUUCCAAGAAAACCGAAGAGAAUAAUUUAUUACGCGCAUUUACCUGAAGUAGUGCGUACACCGCCCAGUGUUGAUUUAAGAUAUAGAUACUCCGGAGAUCCUUAUAGACGCUUCGAUGAUGAUGCAAGGACGGCGCGCUAUGACUAUAGAUUUAGAAACAGAUAUCCUUACGCUCCCCUGAGGAAAGAGGAGAGGCGAUUUGGUUACAGGGAUUUGGCUGGUUCAGGCACAAUUAAUAAUGACAAAAAAGUUGAUGAGAAGGUUACACCUACGCCAAUUUUGCCCCAAAAGGAUGAUAAAUUCAAAAACACUCCAAAUAACCGCAUUAAUAGCAGAAAUAAUAUAAACAGUCAUCAAUAUCAUGACACGGGCGACGGUUUCAAGGACCAGCUGUCACAUAAGAGUUUUCAAGAUGGCCGCUUCGAUGAGCCGAUGUUCUCCGGAAGUAUUGAUUCUUAUAAAAGAUACUAACAAAAUAAUCACAAUUUUUGAAGUUAGAAUAAAAUGUAAUAAUAAAACUUUUCAUUCAAA